AAAACCCCUCUUUUUUCUCUGAUUCACGAUUCCGAGCUCCUUGCAUUAAAACCCUAAUUUCAGAGGAAUGAGAGAGAUAUAGGGAGAAAAUGACCGGCAACCGACCUAGGAAUUUCCGGCGGCGUGGGGACGAAGACGACGAGGAAGACAACGACGGAGGCGGUGCCUCCACCGUGGCGGCGAAACCGUCUUCGGCUUCUUCGUCGUCGGGGAAAUCUAAGAAGCUGUCGACACCGGCUCCGAAGAAGAAGCUCCUCAGCUUCGCGGAUGACGAGGUGGAAGAAGACGGAGCUCUCUGUGUGAAGGUUAAGCCCAAGAGCGGCAGAGACCGUGACAAAUCGUCGUCGCGUCUCGGCGGUUUGGGUUCUUCUCACAAGCUCAACAGCGGCAAGGACCAACGCCCCUCUGCCGUUUCCUCCGCCGCGCCACUGCUGUCCAAUGUGCAGCCUCAGGCCGGCACUUACACCAAAGAGGCGUUGCUCGAGCUGCAGAAGAACACGCGGACACUGCCUUACUCUCGCCCAAGUACCGCUGCCGAGCCCAAGGUAGUGCUCAAGGGUCUAAAUCUAAUCAAACCUCCACAGCAGCAGGAGCCACAGAGUCUGAAGGAUGUAGUCAAACAAGCUGCGGAUUUGGACUCCGAAGACGAUGGAGAAGAGGAACCGACUCUUGAUCAGGCUGCCAUUGAAGCUAUUAGGGCUAAGAGAGAGAAGAUGAGGCAGGCGCGUGCAGCUCCUGCUCCUGAUUACAUUUCCUUGGAAGGGGGCACUGCCAAUCAUGCUUCUUUAGAAGGGCUGAGCGAUGAAGAGGCAGACUUUGAGGGUAGUUUCAUUGGUCCGAAGUCGCAAAAGGGUGAUAAGAAAGGUGUGUUUGAUUAUGUUGAUGAAAGGCCUGUAGCUAAGGACUCCAUUGUAGAGGAUGAGGACGAAGAAGACAGGUUAUGGGAAGAGGAACAAUUAAAGAAGGGUUUUGGCAAGAGACUGGAUGAUGGGUCCAAUAGAACAGCAAGUAGUAACGGAAUUGGCAUGCCUUUGCAGCAACAGCAGCAGCAGGCGUAUACAUAUGCUUUAGGCGCACCGCAUCUUCAAAUGCCGAAUGCUUCUAUGGUGCCGCCCAUUGGGCCGGCUAGUGGAAUGGAGGAUGUGAUAUCAAUGUCACAACAGGCUGAGCUUGCCAAGAAGGCUAUGCAAGAUACUCUUAAGAGGCUCAAGGAAUCUCAUGGGAAAACAGUGUCGACACUUUCGAGGACAGAUGAGAACUUGUCCGCUUCCUUGAUGAAUAUCACUGCCCUUGAAAGUUCUCUAUCUGCAGCAGGGGAGAAGUAUAUUUUUAUGCAAAAGCUCCGAGACUUUGUGUCUGUUAUCUGUGACUUCAUGCAGGACAAGGGUUCCUUAAUCGAGGAAAUCGAGGAUCAGAUGAAGGAACUCAAUGAAAAGCGUGCUGCAGCUGUUUUGGAAAGGAGGGUUUCUGAUAAUAAUGAUGAAAUGAUGGAGGUAGAGGCGGCUGUGAAAGCUGCAAAAGCAGUGUUCAACCGACAAGGCAGCAGCAGUUCAGCUAUUGCUGCUGCAGCAGCUGCUGCUCUAGCUGCAUCUGCUUCUGUAAGACAGCAGACAAAUCAACCAGUUAAGCUUGAUGAAUUUGGUAGAGACGAAAACCUGCAAAAGCGUAGAGAAAUGGAACAUAGAGCUACAGCACGCCAGAAAAGGAGAGCACGGUUUGAAGCUAAACGACUGUCAGCCAUGGAGAUCGAUGGAUCUUAUCUGAAAUUAGAAGGAGAAUCAAGCUCUGAUGAGAGUGACAGUGAGACUGCAGCUUACAAGGAAACCAGGGAUAGCUUACUCCAGUGUGCUGAAAAGGUCCUCAGUGAUGCAUCUGAGGAAUAUUCCCAGCUUUCAAGGGUGAAAGAAAGAUUUGAAAGGUGGAAGAAAAAUUAUGCAUCUAGUUAUCGUGAUGCUUACAUGUCUUUGAGUGUGCCUACCAUCUUUUCACCUUAUGUUAGACUGGAGCUUCUGAAAUGGGAUCCUCUUCAUGAAGAUGUGGAUUUCUUUGACAUGAAAUGGCAUGGAUUACUAUUUGAUUAUGGAAAACCAGAAGAUGGAGAUGAUUUUGCACCAGAUGAUGCUGAUGCCAACCUUGUCCCUGAGCUCGUGGAAAAGGUUGCAAUCCCAAUUUUGCAUCAUCAAAUUCUCCGGUGCUGGGAUAUGCUUAGCACCCGAGAGACAAGGAAUGCUGUUUCUGCUACAAGCUUGGUAACAAAUUAUGUUUCUGCUUCAAGUGAGGCCUUAGCAGAACUGUUUGUUGCUAUCCGUGCUCGUCUUGCUGAAGCUGUGGCAACUAUAAUGGUCCCAACAUGGAAUCCUCUGGUUUUGAAGGCCGUACCUAAUGCUGCACAAGUUGCGGCAUACAGGUUUGGGAUGUCGGUUCGUCUUAUGAGGAAUAUUUGUAUGUGGAAAGAUAUCCUGGCGCUGCAGGUGUUGGAGAACUUGGCCCUCAAUGACCUUUUGUUUGUGAAAGUUCUACCUCAUGUCAGAAGCAUUGCAUCAAACGUUCAUGAUGCCAUCACAAGAACUGAAAGAAUUGUUGCUUCUAUGGCUGGUGUGUGGACUGGACCAAGCGUCACAAGAACCAACAGUCGUCAGUUACAACCUCUGGUGGAUUGUGUCAUGUCACUAAGCAGAGCCCUCGAGAAAAGGCGUGUCUCGGGUGUGGACGAGACUGAAACCACAGGUCUUGCCCGACGGUUGAAGAGAAUACUUGUGGGGCUUCACGAGCACGACCAUGCUAGGGACAUUGUUAGAACAUUCCAUCUCAAGGAAGCAGUUUGACUGAACUUUGAGGAUGAAAGCUGAGGAUUUCAGUGGAAUUUGGUUAUUACAAGAGGUAAAGAGAUACAGAUACGAUAUGGCAUUGUACUUUCAAGACAGAAUGUAACGUUCGCGGCCAAAUGUAUCUUUAGGAUGUAUAGACAAAAGCAAUGUCCAAAAAUGAAUGAUGUGAUGGGUCAUUUCUCUCAAUUUUCAACGUGGGAGUUAAACU